AUGUCCGAGACCACGGAGCGCAAAAGCAGGUGGGACGCCCCUGCACCCGGAAGUGCCGGCGGUGACGCUGCCCCGGCCCCCGCCCCCGCCGGUGGCGAGAGCAAGCCCUCCGCUGCCGACAAUGAGGCGGCGCAGAAGGCCGCCGCCAUUGCCGCCAAGAUUGCUGCUUCGCUCCGACCGCCAGGAUCGAGUGGCUUCGAGGUCGCCCGCCGCGCCGGCGCCCCCGAGGGAGACUUUGUCAAGGACAUCGAGAUCAACGACCUGCGUAACCGUUACGUGCUGACGCGAUCGUCGACGCAGAAGAACGACGAGACCGGAGCGAGCAUCGAGACGAAGGGCGUGUGGGUUCCGGACCGCUCGCGCAUGCCGCCAGGCGAGAUGCCGCUGUACCUGCACAUUGUGGCCAAGUCGCAGGUCAUUCUCGACGCGGCGGUGGCCAAGGUGAACGAGUUGAUCGACCAGGAGCUGGGCCCUCUGAUCGAGGAACGAACGCUGAUCGCGCGCGCACGCGCGACGGGACAGCCGCUUCCGCCCGGUGUCGGCCAGAGGCAGAAGUGGCCUGAGGAAAAGCUCUUCAUCGGCCUCGACCCCAUCCGCAACUUCAACAUCAGGGCGAAGGUUGUCGGCCCCGGAGGCAUGUUCGUCAAGUACAUCCAGGCCGAGACGGGUGCGCGCGUGCAGAUCAAGGGCCGCGGCAGUGGUUUCAUCGAGAACGACACGGGCCGCGAGAGCGACGAGGCGAUGCACAUCUCGAUUGUGGCGCCGACGGACGAGCAGAUCCAGCGCGCCAAGAUCCUCGCCGACGACCUCCUCAUGGUCCUCCGCAUCGAGUAUGACAAGGCCCGCGGCGUGUACCCCGCCUCGGGCGCUGGGUACGACUCCUACGGCGGCGCGGCGGUGCAGGGCGCCCACGGAUAUGACACGGCCGCCGCUGCCCAGCAGGCGAACCAGGACGCGUCGACCGCGCCGUACUACCCGCCCGCCGAGGGGCCGGGCACGGAGCAGUGGGAGGCGUAUGCCGCCUACUGGCGCGCGUAUGGCUACGACGUCAACGACCCGCAGUUCCAGGAGUGGCAGAGGGGCCAGAUGGCCGCUGCUGGGCAGCAGGCUGCUGCCUAA